UUACGUACCUAUAAAAUAAAUAUUUGUGACCUCAUUGCCUUAUCACAUGUAUCAAUUGACAAAAUAUCUCAACAUUGAUAUAACAUGAUAAAAUACCGAGAUUAAUCAUCAUUUCUUACUUUCUUUUGAAACUGCAUCGAUGUUUGUAUCGAAAAUGUUCGGUAAUAUAAUUUUCUUAUUACUUCCAAUCGUUUUGAGUGCAACAAAAUUUUGUUCUGAUAAAGAGUGUGCAAGAAGUAAUUCAAGAAUAGCCAGUGGCCAGAUUAGUGUAAGGCAAUCUCGACCAUUUCAGGUGGCGUUGUAUUCGCGGGUUGGUGCUGAUGGCCCCCUGGGUUUCUGCGGCGGAAGCCUUAUACACCAACAAUGGGUGAUCACUGCCGCGCACUGCUGCUACCAUGACUCGAUCCAAGUGGAUCAUAUACAAGCAAUAUUAGGCGCUUACUCCCUCUACGAUCGCUACGAGAAUGGAAGGCGAGUCGUGAACGUGGACACUGUGGUGACCCACCCAGAAUACCAACCUGAGACAUUUGACAACGACUUGGCACUGCUAAGACUAGCCAACAGCAUGCAGAUCACAGAUACGAUAGACAUUAUUCGAUUGCCGUACUUGAGCCAGGUCAAUGCCAACUUCGCUGGCCAGGGCGCUACAGCUUCCGGCUGGGGUAUAGCAGCUGAAGGGGUUACAUUUGUGUCUCCGACCCUAAGAGAGUACUUCAUGUCUGUGAUAACCAACACGCAUUGUAACAACCUCUACCAGAAUUCACUGUCGCCGAACGUGAUUUGUGGUUUAAGCACAAAUGGUGCUGGCACUUGCAAGGGUGACAAUGGUGGACCAAUGACAAUAUUCUUGACCGCUACAGAAGAGACUAUCUUGGUGGGAGUCACAUCAUUUGUGGACGAGAGCGGCUGUAACACAGAAUUACCAUCAGUGUUCACCAGGGUACAGAGAUAUUUGGACUGGAUCAGCGAAAUUACAGGCAUAGUGCUCGACUAG